AUGGGGCGGGGCCAUAUUUCCAGUUCCUUGCCAGAAGUCUUUCGCCAUGCUUCCACCUGCCCUUAUCCAAGAUGGUCACCGCGGAGCGACAAAUCAAUCGCCGCAUUCCUCGCUCGUGGUUGCCGAGGUGACGCGUUUACCCGGAAGGGCCGCAUGCCGAAGCCGGCUUCAGCUGCCGAGGCCACGAGGUCCAGUGGCUGCGAGUCCGGGCGCCGCAGGUCCUGUCAGCUGAGAGAUAGGCAGGCAGGCAAGCAGGUCCUGGCAGGGGAGUCACAGCGGCAGCUUGGGAUGGAGUCUCCAGCAUCGGGAACUAGUCCUGGAGCUGCCGGGCAGCUCGGAGUUGGGGAACCAGGGUCAACGUCUCGGGGACCCUUGGGCGCUGCCAGGUGGAAACUGCUCCGGCAGGUUCUGAAGCAGAAACACUUGGAUGAUCACCUAAGACAAGUAUCUGUAAGAAGAUUCCAAUCGUUUAAUCUGUUUUCAGUAACAAAAAUUAAAAAGGGGGAAACAGAUGAUGAAGCUGGUUCCUGGGUUCAGUAUACAAGUGUGUUUUAUCCUGAAUACAGUAUUUCUUUAAGGCAUAAUCAAGGACCUUUAAAUGUUGAAGAUAUUUUUACCAGCUUUGACAAUACAGGGAAUAUCUGUAUCUGGCCUUCUGAAGAGGUUCUGGCCUACUACUGCCUCAAGCACAAUCAGAUGUUCAGGGACCUUGCUGUGUGUGAGCUAGGGGGUGGCAUGACAUGCUUGGCUGGGCUCAUGGUUGCUAUUUCUGCAGAUGUCAAAGAAGUUCUGUUAACUGAUGGGAAUGAAAAGGCCAUCAAAAAUGUGAAUGAUAUCAUCGCAAGAAACCAGAAGGAAGGUGUUUUUAAGACUCAAGCAGUAUCAAGCUGCGUUUUACGAUGGGAUAAUGAGACAGAUGUCUCUCAACUGGAAGGACAUUUUGACAUUGUUAUGUGUGCUGACUGCCUGUUUCUGGACCAGUACAGAGCUAGCCUUGUUGAUGCAAUAAAGAGAUUACUCCAGCCCAGUGGGAAAGCGAUGGUAUUUGCCCCACUCCGAGGGACUACUUUAAACCAGUUUUGCAAUCUAGCUGAAAAAGCUGGUUUCUCUCUCCAAAGACAUGAAAAUUAUGAUGAACACAUUUCAAACUUCCACUCCAAGUUGAAAGAUGAAGAAUGGGAUACAUAUGAAGAAAAUCUUCAUUAUCCACUUCUACUAGUUCUAAGCAAACAUGGAUAAAAGACUAAACAACUGGUAGAAGGCAAACAUCGAUAUGCAUAAUCACAUAUAUAUUUUUCACAAAAAUAAGUGUUAUUGAUAAGACAACAGAGAAUGGUUUUAUGGGCACAUUGAUAUUGGGAAGUCCUAAAACUUCUGCCUUGUGUCACCUCCUGAAUAUUAUAGAGUUUUGAGUUAUGGAUUUUACCAUUUUUCAGAUGCAAUGAUUCCCAAGCUCUCCAGAGCUGAGCUUUCCUUGUCCUCCCAGCCGACUUCAUGCUCUUCCUGAACCAAACUGUUUUGUUUGCCUGUCACAACUCACAUACACUUGUGGUAAACUCUGAUGCAUUUCUGAUUAAAUGGGAACAAAAUUUUUUCUAGUUAGAGUUUUAUAUAGGUUUUCUUGUCUAGGGGAGGAUUCUAAAUGAGACAUACAUCAAGAUUCUUCUUCCAAAAAUUUUUUUUCCUUUGAACCUCUCCUAAAUUAACUGUUUCUCCCCCCCCCUUUUUCUCUCUUACCCCCCCUGUCUUUCUCUCUGUCUCUCCCUCUGUCUGUCUCUCUGUCUCUCUCUCUCUCACACAUACACACACACUGCUUUUUUCCCCUAUAGAUGUAUAAGAAAUAACUACAUCAGACCAAAGCCUCAUAAACUGACCAUUUGUCCUUUGGACACAAUAGUUUGCCCAGCCCUCUGCUCCUCCUCUCCAAUUAUGUGUGAUUAGUCUCAGUGUGUUGUGUCAAGAAGGGGGAGUGUGCUGAGUGCUUAUUAUCUGUUUAGGUACAAGAAGAGCACAUUUAGGCUCUGACUAUGAAUGAAAAGUGAGCCUUUAUCGAGUCUAAAAUCUAACUGCUGCUGUUCUUCAGGCCUCUUUAAAAACAGGUCCUUCCCAGAAAAAUUCUAAACAAAUGGCUGAUCAACUGGAUCACAUGCACGGGAUUUAAAAAAAAACAAACAAAAAAACCCAGCAAAACUCAGUCUUACAAUUAUCUUCUUUAAACCAAGCAUAUAUUGUUAUUUGAAGUGAUUCCAGGGUAUAGUAAACAUUAAAUGAAUGCUACCCAGGAUUAACAGAGAAUCACUUUUCUGCAGGGAAUCUGAGCAUAUUCUUUCCUGGUGCUUCAUCAAAAUGGUUUAAAUGCUUUUGUAGAAAUCCAGAUGUUUAUCUGUAAAGGAUCAUCUGUGCACACUUAGCUGUAAUGCCAUUAGCAGGUUAUCUUUGCAUCCUCAUUCAAUACUAGAGGCAAAAUAAUGGAUAUUUAAUAAAAGGGCCAUUUUUUAGAAAAUUAAAAGAAAGGAAAGAUUUGGUGUGGACCUUUUUGCAAGUUAAACAAACUUGGCUACCGUAAAAACACCUCCUCCUAAAAGUCUUCCUCUGUUCACAUCUAUCAUCAAACAAAUUUUUCACCACCAUCAGUUUGCAUGUCCUUAUAUUCACCACUUUUUCUGCUCCAUUAGAGCACCUAGAUGGAUCUCUCAAGGCAUAGGUCAAGUCGCAGUUAGAUCAUACAUUUCUUUCUCACAAAAACUUGAAUUGCAAUGCCAAGUGAUGGGCUAACAUCACAAUAACAGCAAUUUAUUCCUCUUUGGAUAAAACAGCAGUCUAUUCUCAGUGUUAGAUAAAGACCAGGGCAAUGCAAACCAGCCAUUUAGCUGAGUAGUUCAGCUAGUGGUAGCUCUCCUUUGGGGAUAGUAUGGGUUGCAUACUGGCUGAAUAUUUUCUUGUUUAAAAAAUCAGAAGCGUUUGGGAUGUUUUAAAUAACAGUGAAGAUAACCGUCUUCUACUUUCUUCUUGAGGGCUGGGGAAGAAGAGCACAGAAUUUUCCCCACCAAGACAGUUACAAAAUCUGAGACAAAGAAACCCCAUCACAGCACUGAUACCCAAGACUGCCCAUUCUUUUAUCGAUGUCUGAUAUAUACAAAUAUACUCCUAUAUUGACACAUAGAGAGCAGAAUAAUUAGAUCAUCUCGUAAAAAUAUACAAAUCGACAAGAAUUUUAUUUUCAUUUCUGCAUUUGGGGUGGAGAAAUUUCAGUGUUUCUUUCUCUGAAAAGAAAAUGUAUUUUUUUUUUAAUGAACUGCUAGGAGUUGAUUUUUUUUAUGUCUGCAUCAGGUAUAAUGUCUCCAGAUCCUGGCAAAAGAUGGUGCCUGGAAAGCUUUCAGGGAGAUACCCAUGAUGGCCCUGCCUACAAAUACACACAGUACAGGGACCUGCUUAUUGUGAGGUUUAAUAUGUGAAUAAAAACAUAUAAAUCAUCAACUAUAAAA